AUGAAGCUUAAGAGUGGUGUAUGUUUAAAAUCCGCGACGCUCGUGAUCGUAAGGCCGGGUGAGGGAUAUUCUGACGUUGGAGAUGAUGAGUUGGCGACGGAGGCAUUCACCGGAAAUUGUAUGUACGGUGAAGCGGUCGCGCUGUUAAAGUGUAAGAAGAAUGCUUUAGCACAUACCCAUUAG